CUGCUUUCUCACAGCUGCUCUUGUUUUCUGUAAUGGAUUUCAAGAGCUCAUCCAAUUCCUAAUAUCUUUCUUUCUUAGAUAGUUUUUCAGUAAAACAUUUUCCGGGUUUCUCAGUAAAACUUUUUCAGGGCAUCUCAAUAAAAAGGCUUCCUGUGACUGAGAGAUGAUAGUAUUGAGUUUUGAUUUGCCACCUGGGUUCAGAUUUAGUCCUAAGGACAAGGAGCUCAUCGAACUCUACCUGAAGCCAAAGAUCACCGGCAAUGAUAAAGACAUUUGGUUUAUACCCGAAAUUGAGUUCUAUGAAGAUGAGCCAUGGGAUUUACCAAUUAAAACUGGGAUUGCUUCGGAGGACCAAGAGUGGUUCUUCUUCACUGUACUGAGCCUGAAGCAUCAGAACGAUAAUCCAAAAAAGAGAAAAAGGGGUCAGAAACAGGAACUGGUGAACAGGCAAACUAAGGCUGGGUUCUGGAAAUCAACCGGUAAAGAUCGGGAAAUCGAGUCUGGAGGGAUCGUGGUUGGAGUGAAGAAAUCUCUGGUCUUCCAUAUAGGGAGUACUAAGGGAAAAGGGAAGGGAAUAGGGACUAGUUGGGUAAUGCAUGAGUACAGCACAACCCAGAAGGAGUUUGAUGGAAAACACCCCGGCCAGAAGCCCUUUGUACUUUGUCGUUUAUUCAAUAAUGAAGAAAAGAGUAACAAAGGUGGACCUGCAAAGUCUAGGCCAGCACUGUCUCCUGUAUCUCCAGUAUUGGAAGUGCAAGCUGAAAUUUCUGAUCAAAUGAUGUCUGAUACAGAACUUGUUCAGUGUAACAAUGACAACAAACAUCAUAAAGCAUAUAUUGCAGAUGAUCAAGCGGAAGGGGUUGAUUUAAGUGAGGAGGACAUUGAACUUCUCAUGGGUGCAUUCUAUGUCCCUUCAGAGGACUCUCCAUCCAGUUUACCCCUCACCACUACUGAUGUUUCAACUCCAAUCACUGUCAAAUCUUCUCAUAAAGAAACACAAUCUGAGCCAACAUUGGCUCCAGCAUCUCAAGAAUUGCCUGAGCAAGCUGAAUACCAUCCAAUUACUUGCAUAACAGGAUUUGACAAUGCAGCACCACUUGCAUGUAACGAUGAUUAUAAUGCAUAUGCUGCAGAAAAUCAAGUGGCAGAAGUAAAUACUACAGAAGUGAGAAUGAAUUUUACUUUCAGCUUGAAACAGUUGUCAAUAUUAUUCUUUUGUGGGAACUAAAAGUGCAGAUAACUA